AUGGCCGAGGGGGCCGAGAUGGUGCCCAUGACGCCGCGCGAGGAGCCCGGCACGACGGUGGCGAAGGCCGAGGCGAUGGCAAAGGCAGGCCCGAAGACUGGCAAGAAGAAGAGUCUGUCCCAGAAAUUACUGAGGCAAAUGAGCUCGCGCCAAGGACCCGAGACGCGCAAGGUGAGAGUCGGGGGCUACGAUCCCACACACAGCAAGGACAACGUCGUCACGACGUCGAAGUUCACGUGGUGGAAUUUUCUGCCCCUGGCCCUCAUGGCCGAGUUUAGGAGGAUGGCCAAUUUGUAUUUCCUAUGUGUCGCUAUUCUCAUGCUGCUAGCGGAGGAGACAGGAUGGUACAACACCCCUUAUCCCAGUGUUUGGACGGUCGGGGUCCUGGCGUUUCUCAUCUCCAUAUCAGUGUUGAAUGCUGGAUUGACGGACCUCAAGCGCCAUCGAGCCGACGCGAAGAUGAACGCGACCCCUGUCACAGUAGUCUCAAGGGACCAUGCGACGAAGCUGCGACACAUCCGGCCGGGCGACGUGGUUGUCGUUCACAGAGGAGAAACGGCCCCCGUAGACUUUGUGGUACUCGCCGGCGCUGGUGAAGCCGCGACGUGCUACAUCGACACUGCGGCCAUCGACGGCGAGACGUCGCUCAAGCUAAGACGGGCCGCGCCGCUCACGCAGCCCUGGCAGGAUCCUAAAGGAGAGACGGACGAUGCUCAAGCCAUUGAAGGUAGUACACAGUUCAAAGGAGAGGUCGAGUGCGACCUGCCGAACGAGCACGUGAACGCGUUUACGGGUUCAAUCACGCCGGAUGGUGAAUCCGUAAAAGCUCUGGGGAAGGAGCACGUGAUCUUGAGAGGUAGCGAGGUCCACUCGUUAUGGGUUGUUGGGGUCUGCGUCUACGCGGGCUUCGAGACGAAGCUGGCCAAAAACAUGCGCGAGGCCCCGAUCAAGUUCUCGCAGCUCGACCGCAUCGCGAACAGCGCGGUCAUCGUCAUCCUCUGCUUCCAGUUCGCGCUGUCGUUUGCUUCUGCCGCGGGGAUGUCCGGUUUUGAAAGAGCCAACGACAAGGACCUGUGGUAUACUGGUCUGAAAUCGUCCAUUGAUGCGCAUAGUAGUGUCUCGGCGAAGUGGGCCGACCUCGAGCCUCGCGAUAGACAAGAUUUGGGGUUCGGGUUCCUGACCUUCGUGAUCAUGCGCGUUUAUCAGCGUCUGACGCCGUCGCCGCGUCGACGGCGUGGAGGGGGCCGCACCGUCUCGCGGGACGCGCGACCGCCGAGAUGCGACCGUCACGCCCCCGCCGCGCCGUCGACGCGAGCGCCACGCGCAGGUACUGCUUCUUCGUGCCCAUGAGCCUGUACGUGACGUUCGACCUCGCCAAGAUCUCGCAGAUGAAGUACAUCGACUGGGACGCGGAGAUGGUCCACCCCGUGGACGGGGUGGACGUCCACGCCAAAGCCCGAAGUCUCAGUGUCACGGACCUUGGGCAAGUCAAGUACAUUUUUUCGGACAAGACGGGCACGCUCACGAGGAAUGAAAUGAAGUUACGAAGAGUUGUGGUGCGUGGCAAGUGCUACGGUCUCGGCGAGAAACACGACGAGGUCUGUGCUGCCGAUUAUGGCGAAAAAGAUGAUCCCCUGUCGUGCAAAGCGCUGUAUGACCUAGCACAGGAAAAGGGCAAGACCGACAGUGAGGCCUGGUGCGCCCUGAAGAUGGUCGAGUCCUUCAUGUUGUGUAAUACGGUCAUCGUGGAGCAGCCCGAGGAAGAUGAUGACAAGGUUCACUACCAGGCGGAGUCGCCCGACGAAGGGGCCUUGGUCGAGGGCGGCAAGAUGUGCGGCUACACUUUGAGUGCGAGGACGCAGAAGGAGCUAGUGGGUAGUGUCGGGCCGCCCCACAGCCCCGCGGUCACGACGAAGUACGAAAUAUUGGCGACCAACGAAUUUGACAACGACCGCAAAAGGAUGUCCAUCGUCCUACGCGACUUACAGACGAAGAAAAUUGUGUUCUUCUGCAAGGGGGCCGAUUCCAGUAUGUUGGAGCGGGCGGACCCCGCGUCCAUCGAACGAAGCGGCGACUUCACUAAAACCAUUGACGCGUAUGCCGUGACCGGUCUGCGGACGCUCGUCUACUCGGCGAACGAGUGGAGCGAGAAGCAGUGGUCUGAGUGGAAUUCCAAGCAUUACGAGCCUGCUAGUACGUCCUUACAGGGUCGGGAGGAGAAGCUGCGAGCCGCGGCCGAUGUGGCUGAACGCAAUCUAGAUGUUAUUGGUGCGACGGCCAUCGAAGACCGCUUGCAGGAAGGUGUGCCCGAGACCAUCGCGACGCUAGCCGCUGCCGAAAUAAGGUUAUGGGUAUUAACCGGAGACAAGAGGGAGACGGCCAUCGAGAUUGCGCGAUCUUGCCGACUCAUUGUGGAAGACAUGCCCGUGGAUGUGCUAGCUUCCGACGUGGCGGAACAGACGCUGGUGGCGGAUCUCUGCCAGUUAUAUGCGAGGGAAGUGACGAGGGAUCAAUACACCAAAGCGCAAAAGGGUCUCGCGCCCUUCUCGCUCAAGCUCAAGAGAUAUGCGAAGCAGUGCGUCUACGGCAAGGACAAGGCUUUAACACCUGAAGAAUUAGAAGAAGCUAUCGAGAACGAAUUGGUCAAGAGACUCGGGCCGGACGCGCGCGUGAACCUCGAUCCGCCGCGAGCCGGUCGGUCGGCCUUAGUGUUGGAUGGCGGUGCCGUGCGUGUCCUGUUCGCGGCGGGACCGGCCCUAGAAGUGAUACUGUUCCGAUUACUGGCGCAGUACAAAGCGGUGCUCGCUUGCCGCGUGACGCCCAAACAGAAGGCUCAGUUCGUGAAAUUAGUCCAGACGCACAUCAAGCCCAAGCCCGUCACUUUAGCGAUUGGCGACGGCGCGAACGACGUGAACAUGAUCAUGCAGGCCCAGGUCGGCGUCGGGAUCUGCGGGCUGGAGGGCAGGCAGGCCGUGAACGCGGCCGAUUUUGCGAUCGGCCAGUUCCGCUUUUUGUUGCGGUUAUUGCUGGUCCAUGGGCGGUGGGCCUACCGCCGAUCCGCGACGUUGAUACUCUUCAGCUUCUACAAGAACGCGGUCAUGGCCUACUGCCUCUUCUUUUAUAGUACGUCGACUGGAUUUAGUGGUACGAGUGUGUACCAGUCGCACUUCACGUCGGCCUAUAAUAUUUAUUUGGCGGCGCAGAUCUUCUGGCUGGGCAUGUUUGACAGAGACGCGGACGAGGGCUGGAUUCUCAGUCAUCCGAGGUGCUACGAUAGCGGUAGACUUAACUUGGAUCUAUCACUGAAGGCGGUGUUGGCGUGGCAGGUCAACGCCGUGUUGCAUGGCAUCGUCAUCUACUAUGUCGGGUACGGGGCCAUGAGACAUGGCCGGGGCGGCGUCUACGACAGCGGCAGCCUCGGCAUAUUUGGGACCACGCUCAUGAUCGUGAUUGCUGUAAGCAUGAACUUCAAGGCCUUCGUAUCUUCACGCACAAUAAAUAACGUGACGGGCGGCUGCGGGGAAGAAGGUGGGUUAGGCCCAUUAGGCUUCAUGGCGUCGCACAAAGUGGUCCUCUUCCUGAACCUCGCCUUCUUCUUCGGCAUGUCCUGGUACGCGUCGACGCCGGCCUGCGCCGAGGACACGACGGCGGCGGACAUGAUGGAGUACUGGGGCGUGACCCACCAUACGUUCGCGGCGGGGCACACGUGGCUCGUGGCCCUCUUAGUGUUCGGGACCUGGUUGUUCGUGGACUGGGUGGCGCUGGCGUGCAAGUGGAACUUCAACGCUACCGCGGUUGAUGCGUUAGUGGAGCGGUCGCAUAUUGCCCGGUGGACGCUGGACCCCUCCACCAAACCAUUCUUCUUCUCGAAGGUCGCGCACGUGCUCCCCGCCGAGGCGCAGCGCGUCGCUCCCACCGAGAAAGUUGGGCGCGAAAGCGCCGAAUAAAUCCCCCUCCCCCUCCUAAGAGCUGGUUUGCUUCGU